AUGAAAUGCACAAUUAAAAAUUGUUCUUGUUAUAGAGAUGAAUUUAAAAAUAAUAUAUGUGCCAAUUGUAACCAUAAUUUAAAAUAUCAUACAAACAAAUAUGAUGAUAAUGAUGAACCAUCCCCAACACAACCACAAAAAAAACAAAAAAAAAAACAAAGUUCACCUCCAAUAUUAAAAAAGAAAAAAAACUCUCCACCAUCUUCGCCAUCAUCUUCAAUUUCAUCACCAUCAUUAUUUAAUUAUGAUAAUUCUAAUUCUGACUAUGAUUCCGAUUCUGACUAUAAUUCUGAUUCCGACUAUGUUUCUGAUUCCGACUAUGGUUCUGAUUCCGACUCAUCAUCAUCAUCAUCAUCAUCAUCAUCAUCAUCAUCAUCAUCAUCAUCAUCAUCAUCACCAUCAUCAUCAUCAUCAUCAUCAUCAUCACCAUCAUCAUCACCAUCAUUUUCACCAUCAUCAUUAUUAUCAUCAUUAUCAUUAUCAAAAGAUAAAGAAUAUAAAUUAUUUCUUGAAUUAAAAACAAAGUAUGAUAAACAAUUAAAAUCACAAAAAUGUACUAAACCAGAUUGUUUUAAAAAAUUUCACUGUUAUGAAAGUCAUUCCAAUGGUUUACCAUCAUGUCAUUUAACCAUUUCUGCUUUAAGAUCUCAUAAAUAUAGCUACCAUAACAAAGAUGAAUUUAAAUUUAAAUGUUUCAAAUGUAAAACAAAAUUCAAAUCUGUUAAUAAACUUUAUAAACAUCAAAAUCAACCUGGUGAUCUCUUUAAUUGUGAAACUCUAAGUAUUAAUUAUAGUUCAAUUGUUGUUGCUGGUGACAACAAUAGUACUAUUAGCCCUUCUGAUAAGACUCCAAAGUUACCAUUUACAAUAGAAUCAAAUUUCAAUUCAAUUUCAAUAAAGCACCCUAAAAACAAAAAAAUCAAAAAUUGCCCAAAUAAAUUCUGUGUGCAUCCUGCAUGUAAAAAUGCUAUUACUUCACCAAUCGAACCUGUCAACUAUUCAAUAGAUAAUCAAAGAUUGGGAAGUUUGGUUUCUCCAAAAUAUAAUUUAAUUGAACCAAAAAAGAAAUUACUUGAUAGACUAAGAAGAAGAGGAAGUUAUAUAACAAAAGAAGAUUUUAUAUCAUCUAAAAAGCAACAACAUUAUUUUAAAGGUUAUAUUACAAAGAUUGGUUUUGUUAUUAUUAAUUUAUAUAUUAAUGAUCAACUAAAUGGAAAUGUUUUACCAGAAUUUGCUUCCCAUACAACUCAAAAAGCUCAAAUUAAAGAUACAACUGUUGUUGGACACUCUCAAGAUAUAAAGUUUUUUACUGAAUUUAUAUCUUCUCAACUAUUGGCUAAUUAUAAUGAAAAAAACUCUAGCAAACCAGAGUUAUUUGAUAUUGUCGCUUGCUUUAUUAAUGUUUCAUCAUAUGAAUUAGCAAUUCAAUAUCAUAAAAUGAAAAAAAACUGUGCAAAAACUGUAAAAUCAAAAGCAAACUCCUAUCAUAGAUUCUUAAUUUGGCUAAAAGAAAGUUUAAAGUAUCUUAAUCAAAAAGAAUUAACUCUGGUUGAGCCUAAUCAAUAUUCAUUGGAGAUGAUAGAUAAAUCAAUUAAAUUUUUGAAUUUAGUAAAAAAAACUUUAUAUCCUGAUGAAGUGGUUCAAUCAAAAUAUGCAAAUUCAAUAGAAUCUUUAAUUACUAAAAACAAAUGGUUAACUCUAGAACAAAUAGUACUUAAAAAAAAAAUUUUACAAUCUAAAUUUGAUGAAUAUAUUGAAAUUGCUGCUGAUUCUUCUUCUUCUGCUGCUGCUGCUGCUGCUUCAAAUAGUAAUUUCCACUACCAAAGAAGAAAAGCUGCUUUUCAAGCAGAAGCAUUAUUAUUGUUGAUUAUAAAUACUGAUAUUAAUCCACAACGUCCACAAUGUUUCUAUCUCUCAGUGGUUCCAAGAACUUUACUGCUUAAUGCUGAUAAUAAAUUUAAUUACAUUGUUAUCCCACCACAUGUACUUUCAACUUUUAAAAAGAAUUAUCCAGAAUUGUCAGAUGAUCACCAUAAACAAAUUUUAACUAUUUAUAACAUUUAUAAAACUGGAAGAACAUUUGGUAAACAAACUUGGAACUUUCCCAAAUCUACUUGUAUAAAUAUUUUGAAAUUUUUACUUUAUGCAAGACCACUUUUAUACUUAUCAAAUCAUCACCGAUCUAAAGAAAUUCCUGCUGCAAAUAACUUACCCACUGUUGUUCAACAAGUUAUUAAUGAUAUCAAUAUAAUUAAAAGUCCUAAACUUAGAGAUGUUUAUAACCCAAACUUAAGGUUAAUUUUAACAUUUUCAAGUGGAAAAAAUCUUAGCGAAUCAAAAAUAGGAGCUUUAUUUAUAAGAACUUUUGAAAAAUAUUAUAGAAAAAGUAUAAAUUGUGCCACUUUAAGAAAAAUUGUAUCUACAUACAAAAGAGAUUAUGGUCUAUCAAUGAUCGACAUUAAUAAGCUUAGUGAAGCACAACUUCAUACUAUAAGAACUGAUGAUACUUAUUACAACCAAAGGAAUUCAACUAAAGAACAUACAUCAGCAAAUGAAAUUUUACAAAAGAUUCAUCAACAAAUUUUUCAAAACAAUCCCAAUAAAAUUUUAGAAGAAUAUGAUAAUAAUGAUGAAGAUGAAUUUGAUGAAGAUGAAUUUGAUGAAGAUGAAUUUGACGAAAAAGAAAAAAAUGAAGAAGAGGAGGAAGAAGAGGAAGAAGAUGAUGAUAAAGAAGAUGAAGAAGAUGAAGAUGAAGAUGAAGAUGAAGAAGAAGAAGAAGAAGAAGAAGAAGAAGAAAGAGAAGAAAGAGAAGAAAAAAAAAGAAAAAAAAAAAGAAGAUAUAUUGAUAGUAAUAGUGAUUAA